AUGAACUGUGAUCGUUAUGUUAUUGGAAUUGACGGCGGCACGGAGAGCUUGCGCGCAGCAGUAUUCGAUUGUCAUGGCCGCAUCCUGGGAUCCCAUGCCUCGCCUUAUGAGACCCAGUACCCCCAGCCGGGUUGGGCCGAACAGCGCCCGGAGGACUGGUGGCGGGCGCUGGGUGAGGCGGUGCGGGGCGCGGUGGCGGCUGCGGCGGUGGCCCCCGACCGCGUAGCCGCCCUGUGUUUGGACACCACCUGCUGUACCGUGGUGGCGCUGGGGCCCGACGGCACACCCCUCCGCCCCGCCCUGCUGUGGAUGGACAUGCGGUCGGCUGAGCAGUCCGCCCGGGUGGCGGCCACCGGGGAUGUGGCGCUGCAG